GACGAGUCAUUUCAGCACUUCCAGUUCAGAGCCCACGGGCCGGACACGGAGGGCAGCCUCUCCCCGGGGCAGACAGGCUGGCAGCGAGGAAACGGAGCCGGAGCAAUCCCCCGGCCUGAGUGAGAGGAAGAUGAAGGUCCUGCUGACGCUGGCAGUGCUGUUUGCCUGCAGUGUGUUCACGGCUCACGGGAAGCUCCCACGCAUGUUCACACCGGGACUCGAAGGAAGCACCGUAGGAAAUCUGACCGCCUACGGCUGUUACUCAGGAUGGGGCAGCAGCGGCACAUCGAGGGCUUCAGUGGACCGGUGCUGCUUGCUCCGUGCCUGCUGCUACGCCAAGCUGGCUGCACGGCGGUGCCGCGUGGGACCCAUCCAGCCCCUCUUGGUGCCCCGGGCAAGAAUCCCCACCUGCCGCUCUGGGACUUGGUGCCAGAGAGGUGCCUGCAGAUGCGAGCAGGCAGCCUGGCUCUGCCAGAUGCGUAGCCGGGGGCUGCUCCGGCGUCGCGGCAAGUGCCGGGGACGAGGCGGGCGGUGUUGAAGCAAAAGGGCUCUUUGCAAAACCACCUCCAGGCUGAUAAGUAAAGGGACGGUGCAGCGCCGGGAGCAUUUCCCAACCCUGGCGGGUCUCCUCCUCGGGGCUUUUUGGCUUUGACACGAGGACAACAACGCUCUAGUGAAGUUGCGUCAUUAUACACUGGAUCCGAGGAGGGAGAGCGGCGCAGAUGCAAUGUUUCAGCACAGAAAAACAAGGGAGGGGUGGACACCUGUGCUUCGUCGCUGCGAAGGGCGAGAUGGAAACCAGCGCGAGCCUCUGUGCUGACACUCAUUUCCCCUUGGCUCGAGCUCCCCGUGCAGCCUGUCAGCUCCCUCUGCUUUUUGCUUCACCGCAGAUUCUCUUCCGUUGCUCCAAAAUAAAACCAGAGAGCACAAAACAUCGGUCCUCAGUGUG